AUGGAAGUGACGAAGGCGGAAGGCGGCGCCGGCGUGCCAGAAGAACGAAGGGAGAACGGAGGACGAUUCGAUUGGUCCGGAUUCUUCAAGUGGUGGUCACUGCUCUGCAUAUUGUGCCUCCGGACGCGGGCUGCUUCAGAGAAGUGCCGUGACACCGCCGAGCAUCGUCCGUCCCCCCUGUAUUUUCCCCUUAGUGCUAGGAGAGUCUUCGCAUCGCUUGAUGCAUCGAAGUAA